CAAGCGCAAACUUUGUGAGCCUUGGCCCUCUUUUGGGCCCCUGGCCACGGCGAUUUGGCAUUUCAAUCAAUCACGGAAAAUCAAACACGGCGUCCAAAAAUCAAAUUUUACUAAGACUAAAAUCAAAACAGUAGGAAAGGGCAGGUGUAAGCAACACUCACACGAAAAAUUUAAAAAGUAGCACCUCUUAAAACUGGUCGGCUUUCUUACCUGAGGUUAGAAUAUUACAGGAAAAAACUUUCUUUCUUGUUUGUGGUCUGCUAUAGCGGCUCGUAAAACAGAGAGAGAGAACACAGACUGUUGUGCUCGGCGCACGACAAUGGUGGCUGCCCUGCCCCGACCCCAACAAGCAGGCAGUGACGGCCCGUACUCACCGCUUCAAAACAAAUCAGAGCCGGCGCCGGACUCAAUAUUCUAAAACAAUAUUGUAAAUUAUAAAUUUUGUCUGUUGAGUGUGUUAUACGUGAAUAGCUAAACUUCAGGUGUAAAUUUUAUUUGAAAAUGUCGAACAAACGACGAAGACGAAACGAAAUAAGAGAUGAUCUCCCAGGGAGUUCUUCGGAUCCGAGUCGGAAUGAACUAGAGAUAGAUCCACUGCAAUCGACUGUGCCACCGCUGCUGACGAUGCCAACUUUGAGUAAUUCUGACAUGAGCUUAGAUUUAUUCCCAGUAUUAACACCACGGCCAUUACCCUCCCCUGAGCACGAGUUUGACUUCCAUCCCGAUGAGUUUUCCGAGCUUCACCCUGAAUAUAUGGAUGCAGGCCCAGCAGAAGCUUCAGUCACUCUUCUCCCUACUGAAAAACUUCAUGAUACUCAAUUAGGUGUGGUAGGUCUCGCUCAUGUGUCUCAGAAAAUUCAAACUACGGAGGAGCUUCAAAUUGAUUUUUCCAUAGGUAAAGCCACAUCUGAGCAAUCUUUGCCAAUUACUGAUUCAAUUCUACCAAGAUCUUCAUUUGAUGAGCCUUCCGUUAUUUUUGAAGCUUUUAAUAAUUUAGGUUGUGAUGAUGUAGAAUUGCCUUUCUUUGAUGCAAUAGAGUUAGAACUUGGUGCCUUAAGGAUAAGUGGAAAUCAAGAGGAAAAUGACCCCCAUCACAAUUUUAUUGAAGAGGACCAAGAGGAUGCUGGUUGUCCAAAUUUAGGCUGUACUACAGAGUUGUUCUUUGAUGCCUUAGACUCUCCUCAGCCAUUGCCUAGUUCUGAUUUACCAACAUCUGAUCCUCCUCUUUAUGAUGGAGCUUCUAUUAGUGUCAAUGAUGCAAUCACUGCUGUGUUAACUUUUAUGAUAGGUUGUAAAAUCAGUGGAGCAGUAAUGGAUCAAUUGAUAUCUUUGAUAAAUUUGUUGCUACCAGCAGGUCAUAAGUUUAUAACUUCACUUUUCUCUUUUCAUAAUCAUUUUCAAAGCAUUAAAACCCCUUUGAAUUUAAUUUAUUAUUGUAUUGUUUGCACUAAAGGUUUACAAGCCAAAGAUUCUGUUUGUGACAAGUGUGGUACUGAAACUAAAGUUGGAUUCUACUUACAUGUUCCUCUUAUAGAACAAUUGAGAGCCCUUUAUGCCAGGCCAGGAUUUGUAGAUCUUUUGUCUUACCGCCAUAAAAGGAGUAAGAAAGUUUCUGAUAAUUUAGAGGAUAUUUAUGAUGGUUUUUUAUAUAAAUCUAUUGAACCUUUACUUACAAGUGAGUUAGAUAUAACAUUGACAUGGAAUGCAGAUGGCAUUUCUUUGUAUAAAUCCAGCAAUUUUCAGGUGUGGCCAAUAUAUUUUUCAAUUAAUGAGCUUCCUCCUGAAGUCAGGCAUAAGGAGGAAAAUCUUCUUUUGGGUGGUAUUGCUUUUGGGAAUGAGAAACCCCAUCCGAAUCUUUUGAUGAAACCCAUUUAUGAGGAAUUAAAAUGUCUUGAGAAUGGUGUAGAAGUACUUGUGCAUGGCAAAGAGAGUCCGGACAAAGUGAAAUGUUUUCUGUUAUGUGGUACUGCUGAUGCCCCUGCCAAAGCUAUAUUUAUGAGAAUGACACAAUUUAAUGGUUUUCAUGGAUGUCACUGCUGUUAUACUAAGGGGGAGAAAUCUGAUCAAACUGGCCAAGUGUUUGUUUAUCCCUUUCAGGAAAAUUUAGAGCCAAGGUCAAAAGAUCAGUACAAAGAAGAUUUACAAAACUUGAGUUAUGGAGUGAAAGGUCCAACUUAUCUGUACUGGAUGGUUAGGUCUUUUUUUUUGCUUUCCACGGCGGUUGAUGUCAUGCACUGUAUUUAUCUCGGAGUUUGCCGCCAAAUUUUUCAUUUGUGGUUUAGUACUGAAUACUUCAAGUUAGUUUUUGGCGAAAAAGCAGAAAAAAAAGUCCUUCUAGAUGUUUUAAGCGCAAUGUUUUGUAGCUUUAAGGCACCUCACUACUUAGAUAGGCCUCCUCGGUCAUUGCACCACAUUAAUUAUUUUAAGGCAUCUGAGUUUAGAACAUGGCUCUUCGGUACGGCGUUGCCCGUUUUCGAACAGCACAUGAAAGAACCCUAUUUUGGCCAUUUCAAGAAACUUGUUUGUGGUAUAGGUCUCCUAAAUCAAGCCAGUGUGUCAGUAUCUGAUGUUCAAUUAGCUCGUGAGAUACUCACCUCUUUUGUUAGACAAACUCAAGAACUGUUUGGUUUGAGGAAUAUGUCAUACAAUAUGCACUGUGUACUUCACUUACCUGAUACAGUCUUGUCACUUGGUCCCCUGUGGGUGUCAAGCUGCUUUGCAUUUGAAAAUGUUAAUGGUGUACUUUCAAGACUUGUACAUGGAACAAGGUUUGCUGGUAGUCAGAUUCAGAGUAAUCUAGGACUACUCAGAAAAAUACCAUCAAUAAUCAAUUCCCUACAAAAUAAUGUAGUGAAAUCUUAUUGUUCAAAAGUGAUGUCUUAUCGGAGGCAACUAGCUAUCACCCUGAAGCUUGCAUCCAAGACCUUUGUGAUAGGGAAAAUUGUAAGUACCUAUUCAUUUAGUGUGACCAGGUACCUUGAAGUUCUUUGUCAACAAUUUCCUAACAAACGAUUGAGCUUCUUUUUUAGACUAAAAAAGGAUGGUUUUUUAUAUGUUGCGGAGGAAUAUGGUCGUGGCAUGAAAGAUUCGACAAAUGUUCUUUGUAAGUUUUCCAAUGGAGAGAAAUUGUUUGGUUCUCUAAAAAUUUUUGUAAAAAUACCAUCCUGUAAUUGUGAAAAUAAUUACUGUUGUCAUUCCUCUUCAUGCUAUGCAUUACUUCAAAGAUAUACCAUUGGCUACCCGUUUAGCAUUGAUUUUCCAGCAGCCACAAUUUCUUCAAUAGUUAAAUGUGUACCCACUGAAGAUUAUUGUGUUGUGGAAGUAAAAGAUCUUAACUCUGUUUGCUUCAAAAUGUUUGUAGAGCCAUCAAUGUUCUUAUAUGUACCUGUAAAUUACCGGGAGAUAGAGUAAGAAAGAAAAAAAUUAAAGAACAUUG